CAGCUGGCUGUAGGAAUAUAAAUUUAUGAUGGCAGAUCUCACAUAACAAUAUUAUGUUUGUCUUGCUAAAACCUAGUGUCUUGAACAGAGUGUAUCGUUCUUUGCACACGGCCACUAUUAGUUCAAAAUUUGGGUCAUCAGAUUUCAUGUAAUGGAGCCUACGAAAUAUAUUUUUGUUGUCUUUGAAAGGACUUAGACGUUACUUGUUUCUUUUAUCGAUAUCAAUGUCCAUUUAUUUCAUUUUCCAAUACGAUAAAUAAAUGCAGAACGCAUUUAGAAAAAUCAUCAUCAGAUGGCUCUGCUAGUCGUAUCGAUAGUUACGAUCUUAGACAUGAAAUUACUUUUGUAAUAUUUGGCCACACUGGCAGGCAGUUCCGCAAAUGUUUCGGUGUUUAGUGAAGAGGAUUACGUGUGUUUAUUCUGCUUGUGUGGUUUUGGGUAUUUACUUUACAGUGUGAAGGUCACGGAUGUAUUAAAACUGAAGUUUAAUCUAUUCGGGAACACAAUCCCACGUUGUAGCUUAGAACUAGGUCUACUUCAGUGACAGUAGGACAACUUUGUAAGAGAUAGAAGAGAAAUUGGAGGGAGUAGCGAUAGACACUAAUGUCUUAGUGGAGAGGGGGACAUAUAUUUUGAUUUGAGGCUUUGAUGGUCCGCUCGUAUUUCUUCUAGAGGUAGGUUUGUUUUAGUAAAUGUAAGGUAUUUGAAAGGUGGGAUGAAACGUUGAGUAGCCGAGCUCUCCUAAAUAAUAUUUGAGAACAGUCCGUACGUAAAAGAAAACACAACAUUUUAACAUUACAAAGAUCAAAUAGUUAACACUGUUUGAGGAUCUCGUCCAAUGGACAAAUAUUUGUCUGUAUAUUUUAAUGCCUGGAAAUUAGUGUUAUGUUUUGUGUAAAAGUGUGGAUACUCCUGAAUAUACAACGCUGUGAUAUUGAAAAACUGUGAAGUGCCAUAGUGACUUACGAAGAUAUGUGCAUCCAUACGGACUAGACGUCGUUAUUCCACAUAUAACAUCCGAUUCGACUUCAGGACCUCCUCCUCGGAUGUCCACGCCCCCUGGUGUCGGACCGGCGCGGCCAGGCCCCUCCUCCCGCGUCGUGUCUGCGCUGCAUCUGGACGACGACGCCUUCAGUAGACGCCAGAUCUCGGCGCCGCGACGUCCUUCCUCUGAGUCGCCUUUUCCACGUGACUACAGGGACCACGUGAUCAGAAGCCAGUCUUCGCGGGACAUGUCUGCGGUGUCAUGAUGACGAUGGAUGUGAAAGCGGAGACGCAGAAGAACACUUCACCGCAAGAGUGUGCUGGCUGCGGCAAGAAGAUCACAGAAAGGUUUCUGCUGAAGGCGCUGGACCUCUUCUGGCACGAGGACUGUCUCAAGUGCGGUUGCUGCGACUGCAGACUGGGAGAGGUAGGCUCCACGCUCUACACGAAGGCGGACCUCAUCCUCUGCAGGAGAGACUACCUCAGGUUGUUUGGCAACACUGGACACUGCGCUGCGUGCUCUAAAGUGAUCCCGGCCUUCGAGAUGGUGAUGAGGGCCAGGAACAACGUCUAUCACCUGGAGUGCUUCGCCUGUCAGCAGUGCAAUCACAGGUUCUGUGUGGGCGACCGCUUCUACCUGUGUGACAACAAGAUCCUCUGCGAGUACGACUACGAGGAGAGACUCGUGUUCGCCAACAUGGCGGCGUACAACCAUCCCAGCCUCGCCCACAUCAAGCGACAACUACCACAACACCCGAUUACUAUACCUAACCAUUUAGAAGCGACUGGUAUUCUACGAUCAACGGUGAUCGGUUUAAGUAGUAAUCUUCCACCGCGUUGCACUCUGGGAAGUAACAGCGACAUUGUUGAUCGACACGCUACUAACGGCGAGACGGGGAACCACAGUAACAAUGGGUUUCUUCCAGCUACCACCGUGGCGCCCAGCUUCGACACCAAAUGAAAUAGUUGGUAAUAACUGGCGCCAAUAUCGUUUUAUCGUAUCAGACAGUGUCGUGUGUGCCGAAGGAGGUGCUGGAUCUCUGGUAGAAAUUUUUAACAUAAUUGUUACAUUUCCUCGUGUAAUACAUAGUUUAAUCUUAGCGAGAUGGUUUCAAACCGUGGCUUUGUACAAGAAUAAUGAAAACACUGGGAAAUUCUUGUAACUUUUCCGCCUAUUUUGGUGAUCUGGUGGGACGUACGUAUAGUUUACAUGUCAAAGGCAUGGACAUCUAUAUUCUGGAAACAAAUAUUACCUUCAACCAUCAAUAUUACAAUUAAUAUUGGCGUCAUUAAACAUACGACCGUCGAUUAUUGUGAUCACAGAAAUUUAAGAUAACACCUCGAAUGGGGCUACGAAUUGUUUAUGGUCAUGGCUGUACAGAAUAUUACGUUGUGUUUUUUAUGACUUAUCCUAUGUUUACUUGUUUGAAUCGUUUUAUUUCAUAUUUUAAGGAGACUAAGGCCAUAAUUAUUCAACUUGCUAAUAUAAACGUCUGUCGAGAUGUUAAACUCGUUCGAAACCCAAAACUGGCCCUAUAUAUAUAUAUUGGGGUAAUUUAAUUGUUAAUACCGAUUGGAUCACAGCGUAUGAAUCAUGAACAAUAAAAAUAGAUUGCUAAUUUUUGCGUCACAGCAUAGAAGCAAAACCAUAUAAAUAUUAUAGCAAACGAAAACUGCAGAUUACCUGACCUCGAUUGGUUACGGUCCUGCUUAAACAAUCUACGUGAUCCUUUAAAGGUGCAUGAAACUUACGAUCUCAGUGUCAUGCGAUUGCAAGCAAAGGUUAUGAGACGAGCACAAUUUCCAAAACUGCUCACUCUAGCUCGUCUGGCACCAGAUGGCAGUGGAGUCCAUCGUGGCAUCACGCUGUCAUUGAAAAUGGCGCGCUACAUGUGAUUCGCCAGGAUAUAAGAUUUGACUGCACACUGAUCUUUAAAAACUGUCAUGGUUAAGAUGUUUUGCACUUCAGCUGACACAGACAGAACGGGAGAAGUUAGUCCGUCGAAUUUCAGGUUCUUUUAAUAAAGACACUUGAUUUUACUUGUCUUCAAUCCUUUUCACGACGUUACAAUUCGACAUUUUGUUGUAUCGAUGAAAUCUACUUCUAACAUGUAACUUCGACAAAACGUGCUUCUGUCCUUAUAAACAUGACAUGGAGAGUUAAUUAUCAAACUAACAACACUUAAUUCGUUUUAGUAGAAUUUCUUAUGACCUCGGUUUUGAGCAGCUAUGUGAGCUGUAGAAAAUUCAGCAGGGUGUACGAUGAAGCUUAACCAUGUUACGAGUAACUUUGUGUAGCAAUUCAAUUCGUAGGCCUACUUAUAUCAGCUCCGGAGGGAAGGAACUGACAUUUCUCUGUGCCGAGUUUAAAACAAAAGUCCAGUGAGUGGGGGUAGCUACUGUGAUUGGGGAUGUCCCAAAGCUGUGGGUUUAUUUAAAUGUUUUGUCUCUAGAUGUAUUUAUGAUUUACAUAAUUGUUGAAAAAAAAAUUUAAAUUACUCCCG